AUGGCUUUUUUCAAGAUUCUGAUAUUCAUCACCUUGGCCGUGUACUCCGUUGUCGCCGAAGAAGGAGUAAGAGCAAAGAAACAUGCCUACCUCGCUGCUGCCCCAGCUCCGGUUUUGGGUUAUUCUGCCUCAGCCCCCGGUUCGUUCUCAUAUGCAUACUCUGAUUACACCAACUAUCCGUACAAUUAUCCAGUAGUAGGAGCUUCAGCAUACCACGCACCCGCCGCAUACCCGGUAACAGCGUACACAGCGUCAGCUUAUGCCGCCCACGCAUACCCUGCAAUCUACCACGAAGAUGAUGGAAAAUACUGGCCCGGCAAAUACGAAAAGGCCUACAUCCCAGCUUACAAAGCCGGAUACCCAAGCUAUCCCGAAGAUGACGGCCAAUACUGGCCUGGAAAGUACGAAAAAUCCUACAUCCCAGCUUACAAAGCCGGACUCCACUACUGA